AUGGACCAAGACAUAAUAAACCAAGACCCCAACCGAACUGACGAGACUUACAAGCAACUCGUAAAAGAUCUUUCCACCCUUCAGCAAACACUUGAUCAAGUCACGACAGAUCCAAACGAAACCCGAGUGAUCCCUACCGCUAUACAAGAUGCCCUUUCGACAGAAAUGAUGGAGGCCAUGAUGAACGGUUUUCUAUACGUUGGUAAUCCUGCUGCACUAGCAAAUCUAGCAUCUCGAAGAAACAGGUCUCUUUAUGAUUCUCUCCGCUCGAUGCCCGAAACUGGCAACUUGAAUCUUUCCGCAAUUGAUCGAAUUCCGUCACUCGCCGUCGAGUCCGACGCGUGGUCAGGGCUGUUGAUCUAUUCACGUUUAUCAUCUGAGCACUGUCACGUAUUUCGAUCCCAACCCGACGUAAAGGAAGACGACAGAGAAGAAUGUUCAAUUUGCAUCACCAACUUCGAAGACGGUCAGAGAUACGUUCAAUUCCCCUGUCACAAGAGUCAUAAGAUUUGCGAGAAAGAGUGCUUCACUAAUCUUGCUGCCAGUUUAUAUAUUAUUUCAUGUCCGUUUUGUAGAAAGAUUCCAUUUGAUGAAUGA